CCGCUGGAGAAAACAAGCAAAAUAAUGGAGAAGAUAAUCGGUGCCAAAAAAUCGCUUUGGCAACAAGUUUGUGAAGAGUACGAAGCUGAGCAGCCCAGUCCCCCCGCUGCUGUGUGGACAGAAAACAGCUUAGUGAGUACCCAGUUCUCCCAGUACAGCGCCAGUACACACUCCCCAGUCUGCUAUGGACUCAACACAGCCAAGGUGUUUGUGGAUGGGGAUCCUCUGAAAGACUUUGACCCACUUCUCUGCCGCCCUGCUCUCGCUGGCCACACUGUGCUAAGAAAACCUCGUCCACCAAGCCAGAGGCGACCCUCAGCAGCUCAAAUGUCUGUGUCAGGUCCCGUCACACGUUUUAUGGAGAGGAGGGUGUUUCCAGUGUUGUUGCCUGGACUGGAGGCUUUGCUGAGAGAAGCUCAGAAACACGGCUGUUUCCAGAGGAAAAGAACAGCAUUUAACCCAUGUGACUUCCUAACAGAGUGGCUAUACAACCAUAACCCCCGCAGGCAAGGACAGGUCCCAGUCAACUUCUAUGACAUCCCCUUUGUCAAGGACUUGCUCAGCACGCACCCAAGGCGUCCCAUCCCUCUUUUUCUACUGCUGAGUGAGGAUCAAGCUGCUCUGCUCAUCCAGGCCUUCUGGAGGGGAUACAAGAUCAGGGCACGACCAGAUGUGCAGGAGCUGCGCCAGUGGCAAAAAGAACUAAGAGAGAACCACAACAUUGCCAGAACUGUUGAGCAGUUCUGGGCCCAACAAGAGAGCCGAGUGGGCUCGGCUAUGACUGAUCUUCCAGAAAGCCCCAAACCCGGUAACUCUGAUGUGUCCAUCCAAGUGGUUUCCCCCACCCCCCAGAGCACCGUGGUCCACACCCCCACCACCCAGAUGAGCCCUGAGGCUGGUGAGUGGCUGGCCCCCAGCCUCUGCAGCGUGGAGGAAAUGGCCUCCACACUACCGCUGAAUAAUGUCCUGGCUGUAGCCAUGCCUGGUGACAAAUCGGUGACUGGAGUGUCUCCAUCAUUAAUUGGACCUCACAACCUGAGCUAACUGAAAUCAACAGCUCUGAGGACAAGGUUUUUCUGGUGUAUAAAGGCUUUUAAUCUCUAGGUUGACGUCAAAUUGACCAAAGUGAUCAGUCAAACCAGCCAUUAACAAUGCCUGUAACCAGUGGGAUAUGGCCAGGCAGGCAUUUAUGGUCUGAGAUCCAUGUCUAAUAAGUUGAUUGCUUUUAUUGCAUUUUUGAUGGAUCACUUCCUUUCACGGGUCUCACCCACCAAAUGAACACCAUAUAAUACGGUUCACUUAUUAUACUGUCGGUAAUGAAACCUCUUGUAACUGACUUAAUAUUUCCUCUCAGCAGGUCUAGCUCACUGGAAGAUAACCAGCCAUAUUCCCUUGACUUGUAAUUUCCUUUUUCUUUAGCAGUACGUGCCAAAAAAACAAAAGAGGUUAUAGCGUUUCCAUUCAAGCCAGGAACUGAGGCCAGAGUGAAAGGUGAUUCGGCAUACAGAGCAGCACUUUCUCUCCUGUUUAUCAGAAAAGGAAAUUACCCUGUCAAGGAAACAGAAAAUUAAUAAAAGGUUCACUGGUGGGUUACCGACUGCUAUCUGACAGAGAAGCAAAAAGAAAUAUCUAAUAUAUUCAUUAGCGCUCACUAUUUUACAAGUGAUUAUAACCCUGUUAUAUAGCUCACCUUCAGUAAUGUAAACAUAUAUAUGUGAAAAAUAUUAUAUCGUAUAAUAUCAUAGCGACAUUUAAGCUGUUAAAUGUCACGGAUGGAAAAAGAAACGCAUAAUCAGCAAAAUUGUUUACUUGUUACUGAUAACGUAACAUUUCCAGCAUAUGGUCUACUGGUAAGAUAGGAAAUUUGUGUGAUAGUUUGUAGCAUGGCCUAAUGCAUAAAUCACACAACAUCAAAUACCAACAUCACAAUAGAUAGAUAUAAAUACGGCUACAAUGUUAAGACUUUGACACUGCAUGAUGGUGCGAUUGCCUAAUAUUUUUCGUAUCUUGUGUGUGAUAAUUUUGUACUUUGUUUUAUGUAUUCCCACAUAACAGCAAAUUUAGAAUAUUUGUAUUUUUUUGUCUAUGGUUUUGGUAUUUUGCUUAAUGGUUAGAUAUUUUUGCAGUGACUCUGCUGAGUCCAUAACCUUAAGCUGUCUGUUUUUGUGGCUAGUAGUGAUAAAGCAUCAUCUUAAAUGUCACGGAUCAGCCUUGGGAAGUUCAUUUAAUUUUAUUUGCAAAACCAUGCUGGAUAAAAAGACUGCUGGCUCCUCAA